CAGUUCCCGAAACCAGUCAGGGUCCUGUGGACAGCUCACUCAGCUGCAAUGGCUGCAGGCUCUCAGGCCACCUGGCUCCUCAUCUUCGCCCUGCUCUGCCUGCCCUGGCCUAAGGAGGUCCGUGGUUUCCCGGCCAUGCCUUUGUCCAGCCUUUUUGGCAACGCAGUGCUCCGAGCCCAGCACCUGCAUCAGUUGGCUGCUGACACCUACAAAGAAUUUGAGCGCACCUACAUCCCCGAGGGACAGCGUUACUCCAUCCACAACACCCAGACUGCCUUCUGCUUCUCGGAGACCAUCCCUGCUCCAACGGACAAGGAAGAAGCCCAGCAGAGAUCCGACGUGGAGCUCCUGCACUUCUCACUGCUGCUCAUCCAGUCAUGGCUGGGGCCUGUGCAGUUCCUCAGCAGGGUCUUCACCAACAGCCUGGUGUUCGGCACCUCGGACCGUGUCUAUGAAAAACUGAAGGACCUGGAGGAGGGCAUCCAGGCGCUGAUGCGGGAACUAGAAGAUGGCACCCCCCGUGCCGGGCAGAUCCUCAAGCAAACCUAUGACAAAUUUGACACCAACUUACGCAGCAACGACGCACUGCUCAAGAACUACGGGCUGCUCUCCUGCUUCAGGAAGGACCUGCACAGGACUGAGACCUACCUGCGGGUCAUGAAGUGUCGCCGCUUUGUGGAGAGCAGCUGUGCCUUCUAGUUGCACAGUGUUUCUGUCACCCGCCUGCUUCUCUCCGUACCCUGGAAAGUGCCACUCCAGUGCCCACUGUCCUUGUCCCAAUAAAACUGAGCUGCAUCAUA